GGUGAUGCGGAACGGCACGGUCGGUGCUGCCUCCUCCCGGGCCGGGCCGUGUGGAGGGACGGACGGCAGGAGGCAGAGAGGGAGGAAAAGAGGCAGGGUGGGAGGGACCCCACGGCGCCGCUCGGAGCCCGGCCCGGCCCCAGGAGCGCGACAAGCGCCUGGCACGGGAUAAAGUUAUCCCGGAAUAAGGCUGCACGCAUGUGCGUCACCCCGGAUGUGAACAUGCCGGCCCGGCUCCCCGCUAGCUCGCUCCGCCUGGCUCCAACGGAUGGGCUAAGCCGUGCCGUGCCGAGCCGAGCCGUGCCGAGCCGUGCCCGAGGCCCUGCAGCCCGGUAGGGGCCGGGGGAGGCCGGCCGCCCGGGCGCCCUCGAGGGCCGAGGUGCGAAAGCCCCUCCCGGCGGGGCAGGGGCAGGUGCGCAGCCCGGGGCGAGCGGCGGGCGGGGCCCCGGGAGCGAUGGAUUUUCGUGGGAAGAAGUACGAGCGCGGCAGCAACUGGUCGGACCCCGAGGUGGUGGAGCUGCUGCAGCUCUGGGCCGACGAGUCGGUGCAGAUAGAGCUGGAGAGCUGCUUGCGCAACCAGCACGUCUUCAACCGCAUCGCCGAGGUGCUGCGGGAGAAGGGCAUCCACCGGACGGGAGACCAGUGCCGGGAGAAGAUCAAGAAGAUGAAGCUGGAGUACCGGCGGAUCAAGGACAACAGCAAGGCCCCGCGGGGCGGGCGGACGUGGAAGUUCUACGAGGUGAUGGACCGGGUGCUGACCAGCCGGCCGGCCCUGGCCUAUGGCUCCCUGAGCGGCAGCAUGAUGGCUCAGCAGGUGCUGCAGGGCGGCAUGGUGGAGAGCUACCACCACCAGUUCACCUCCUCCGCCCUGCCCUUUGGACACUCCCAGCACCCUGAGCUAAUGGAAAUUAAAUGUGAGGAGGUGAAUUCUGAUGACCACAGCUUGACCCCAGAGCCCCCACAAGCCAUGUCUUACCAGCAGGGCUCCCCUGAAGAUCAGGAGAUGGAGAGAGCCUUCUUGGAGAGGGCCCAAAACGACUCUCCCAUCUCCAGGGUGGAGAUUCCCAUUGAAACCAGUGUUUCACCUUCAGGUUUCAGUGAGCCAAACAUGGCAAACUCAUCACGGAUCCAGAAUGUUGUUCCCCGGCCUGGCUUCUCGUCUUUGCAUCGGCUGAGAAAAAAGCGGAAAGGCCAGCGCAUGAGGGACCCACUUGACGAUCUCCUGCUGAAGACUCUGACAUCUCAGCGGGCCAUGGAAGAGCGCUUUUUGCAGAUGGAAGAACGCCGAUUUCAGCGAGAUUUGGACGUGGAGGAGCGUCGGAUGCAACUGGAGCAGCGCCGGUUUGAACUGGAGAGGGAACACGAGUUUCGCAUGUUCAAUGUCUUUGCUCAAAUGCUCAGCAUCCUAAAGCAGAGCCAUAGUGGCUCCUCCUCCUCUGUUGCCAUGCCUCAGGGUUUGGACUUCAGCCAGGCACUGUCCGAAAUUGAGGGAAUGGGAGGAAGAGGGAGCAACGUGCAAGAGAUGAGGGUUCGGCCGCUUGCCAAGAGGAGGGUUGACAUGCACAGCUUCUGUAACCCCAGCAGCUUCCAGAGAAGCCCCUACCUCUCUGCUCGUGGCAACUUUGCCAACGUUUUUCAGGGCUCCACUGAGGAAGGGUACAAAGCCUAUCAUGCUGACAAGUAUGAUGAAGACAAGAACCCCAAUGGUAUAAUAAACUUUGGCACCAGUGAGAACAAGCUCUGCUUUGACCUGAUGUCCAAGCGGCUGACACAGGCUGAUAUGAAUCUGAUGGACCCUUCACUGCUUCAGUAUCCUGACUGGAAAGGACAUCUGUUUUUACGGGAAGAAGUGGCUCAAUUUUUGACCUAUUACUGCAAGGCCCCUGCACCUCUCAAAGCAGAGAAUGUGAUUGUUUUAAAUGGUUGUGGCUCUUUAUUUUCUGCAUUAGCUACAGUCCUUUGUGAUCCAGGGGAAGCUAUUCUGAUUGCUACUCCCUUUUAUGGUGGUAUUACCCAGAGUGUCUUCCUCUAUGGUAAUGUCAAGCUGGUGUAUGUCUAUUUAGACAGUAAGAUUACUGGAACAAGUACUCGGCCUUUUCAGCUUACAGUGGAAAAACUGGAAAAAGCCUUGCAAGAUGCCCGGGCAGAGGGUGUCACUGUAAGGGCCUUAAUUCUUCUGAAUCCCCAAAAUCCCCUUGGGGACAUCUACUCCUUGUCAGAGCUACGGGAUUACCUGGAAUUUGCUAAAAGGCGUGAAUUGCAUGUGAUAGUAGAUGAGAUCUACAUGCUGUCAGUUUUUGAUGAAUCAGCCACGUUUCACAGUGUCCUAGGCAUGGACAGAUUGCCUGAUCCACAGCGGACUCACGUGAUGUGGGGCAUAACCAAGGAUUUUGCUGUUUCUGGGAUUCGUUUUGGUACUUUAUAUACAGAGAACCAAGAUGUUGCUAAUGCAGUGGCUUCUUUGUGUUAUUUCCAUGGGGUUUGUGGACCUGUUCAGCACAAGGUUGCGCAGCUGCUUAGAGACAGAGUUUUCUAUUCAAGAAGAAGCUGCCCGUGCAACACAAGGCUGACAGCUCUGCAGAAAAGGACCAUUUCUGCAGAGCUCCUGAUCAGCAGAGUUAGAGGAGCAGCUUGGAAGAAGCAUGAUUGGAUCAACCAGGUGUACCUGAGGGCCAAUCAUGCUCGCCUAAAAGCUGCCCAUACGUAUGUGACAGAUGAGCUGAAGACACUUGGGGUUCCUUUUCUCAACCGCAAUGCAGGCUUCUUUGUGUGGAUUGAUUUCCGAAAGUACCUGAAGACAGGCACAUUUGAGGAGGAGUUGCUGCUCUGGAAGCGUUUUCUGGAUAAUAAGGUCCUCCUGUCCUGUGGAAAAGCCUUUGAGUGCAGUGAACCUGGAUGGUUCCGUAUCAUCUUUGCUGACAAGGCCCACCGACUGCAGUUAGGUAUGCAACGGAUACGCAAGGUUUUGGAAGAGCGUGAGCAGGAGAUACUGGCUGAGGAGGAGCAGCCUUGUCAAUCAGACCAGGAUGGCAAAGCAGAUAGCACAGAUGAAGUCAUUUUUGUAUCCCGCCACCAGGACCCUAUCUGUGCCAGUAGCUCCAGCCUUGGUGACCUCAUUGGCCUCCUGCAGCAACAGAUGCGUUCAUCUGACUGGCUACAGAAAAACACAGCUGAGCAAUUUGCCCAGGAAAAGCCAGAGAUCUAUGAUGUGUUCAGCAAACUGGUGGGGAAGCAAUAGGGGUCAGUGUGCCUUCAGGGGCAUUCCUGAGCAGUGACUGACCCUGGGCCCCUAACAACUCGGUCGCGACUUCCAGCAAAUAAUAUAUUUUCUGUAUAGCAAGAAAAUUACUUUGUAGGCCCCCUCCUCUGCCUCCUGUUUGAGAUCUCUGAUUUGUACUAUAUAGGUGUGUUUCCUUGGAUUGGGGUGAGGGUAGGGAAGGGGGGGGUGUCUUGUUUGUGUGCUGCUCUCUGUUCUGCGGCAUCAUUGUAUUUUAUAUUUAAUUUCUAAUGAAUAUGCUCUCAACUCUCUUA